CCGCCCGCCUGCCGCCCACCUGGGGCAGAGUGGCGGGCGCGGCGUGGCCUCCCUCCAGCGCCCCGGCCGCGUGGCUUGCGGCUUAUUUUCCCAGCUGGCAAGCGUCGCGCUGCAGACAAGGGAAUGCCUGUGGUCCUGCGUGUUCCGGAGCUCGGGGGCAUCCUGAUCCCGCUGAGCCCCCUCCAGGUGCAGAAGGGUUAAGAAUGAUGAGGAAGAGGAAGAAGAGAGGCGUGCGCCCUGGCCCAUGCCGCAGCCCGAGGCCCGGCCCAGCCACUGCGCCCGCGCCGCCGCCCUCGCAGGAGCGCACGAGACCUGCAUGGACGGGCAUGGGCGUGAGAGCAGCACCUUCCUGCGCCGCCGCCCCCGCCGCCGCCGGGGCUGAGCAGUACCACCGCCCCGGACUCUGGCCGCCGUCGCCCCCGCCGCCGCUGUUGCUGCUGCUGCUGCUCAGCCUUGGACUGCUCCACGCAGGUGAUUGCCAACAGCCUGCUCAAUGUCGAAUCCAGAAAUGUACCACAGACUUCGUGUCCCUGACUUCACACCUGAACUCCGCGGCCGAUGGCUUUGACUCUGAGUUUUGCAAGGCACUUCGUGCCUAUGCUGGGUGCACCCAGCGAACUUCAAAAGCCUGCCGUGGCAACCUGGUGUACCAUUCUGCCGUGUUAGGUAUCAGUGAUCUCAUGAGUCAGAGGAACUGUUCCAAGGAUGGACCCACAUCCUCCACCAACCCGGAAGUGACCCAUGACCCCUGUAACUACCACAGCCAUGGGGGAGUCAGAGAACACAGGGGAGGGGACCAGAGACCUCCCAAUUACCUUUUCUGUGGCUUGUUCGGAGAUCCUCACCUUCGAACUUUCAAGGAUCACUUCCAAACGUGCAAAGUGGAAGGGGCCUGGCCACUCAUAGACAACAAUUACCUUUCGGUUCAAGUGACGAACGUGCCUGUGGUCCCUGGAUCCAGCGCAACUGCCACGAACAAGAUCACCAUUAUCUUCAAAGCACAGCAUGAGUGCACGGAUCAGAAGGUUUACCAAGCUGUGACAGAUGACCUGCCGGCUGCCUUUGUGGAUGGCACCACCAGUGGGGGGGACGGUGAUGUGAAGAGUCUUCACAUCGUGGAGAAGGAGAGUGGCCGAUACGUAGAGAUGCAUGCCCGCUACAUAGGCACCACAGUGUUUGUGCGACAGCUGGGUCGCUACCUAACCCUCGCUAUCCGGAUGCCCGAAGACUUGGCCAUGUCCUACGAGGAAAGCCAGGACUUGCAGCUGUGCGUGAAUGGCUGCCCCAUGAGUGAAUGCAUUGAUGAUGGACAAGGCCAGGUGUCUGCUAUCCUGGGGCACAGCCUGCCCCACACCACCUCAGCACAGGCCUGGCCUGGCUACACACUGGAGACUGCCAGCACCCAAUGCCAAGAGAAGAUGCCAGUGAAGGACAUCUAUUUCCAGUCUUGUGUCUUUGACCUGCUCACCACUGGUGAUGCCAACUUUACUGCUGCGGCCCACAGUGCCUUGGAGGACGUGGCAGCGCUGCACCCGAGAAAGGAACGCUGGCACAUAUUCCCCAGCAGCCAUGGGGGACACAGCGAUCUGCCUGUUGGUCUUGGACUCACGUGCUUGAUCCUUACUAUGGUUUUGUAGGAGUUCUCUGUUGUUUUUGUUUUGUUUUUCUGUUUUGUUUUGGUUUUUUGUCUAUAGCAAAAUUUUAAAUAUAUAUUGUCAUAAUAUAUUGAGUGAAAAAGUAUAUAUGUAUAUACCAUGUAUAUGACAGAUGUUUGUCCUGGAACACCAGAUUGUACAUUAUGUGUUUGGCUGUUUUCACAUAUGUCUGUUAUAGUGUUUUUUGAUUGUAUCAAUUUUGUUUUGCCGUUUUGUGAAAUGUUUUAUAAUGUCCCUGCCUAGGGACCUCUUAGAAAGCACUUUAUUUUUUAUAUAUUAAAUAUUUAUGUGUGUACCUGGUUAAUAUGUACAGUGCAUAUACACAGACACCAACCACAGCAAUCCCUUUGGAGGUGACUAAUUUAUAGCUCCUCUGGUUGCUCCUCCUGCCCUUCCCGUUACUACUGAUUUGCCAAGGUACCGGUUCCUGAUGGAGCUGUCUCCCUUCCUUUGAAGUCUCAAUUUGAAAGUUGUCCCCUCACUUGUAAGUACUUUUGAUUCUUAAAAUGUGGAUCUCACUAAAGAGCCCCAUUUCUAACAGCUCACUUUUCCAGAACAUGGGGGCAUUAGUGCUACACCUGCAGCCAUUACUCAUGUGCAUUUGAGCACAUAUGGCCGAUUAGAUUGACCCUUCUGAAGCUGCUCUUUGUCAGGUGCCAGUCUGGAGGUGGCCAUUUCAAGUGAAUACCAGGCACCUUGCUAUAGCCCAGCUAAUAACUCUUUUCCAUCCUCUGUCCCUGUUUAAACUGUACUUUCCCCUCCAUUAAGUCGUUAGGCAAAACAAAACCAUCAGCUUAGAAGAGAUCAUGCCUCGCUCUCCUUGGUAAUUUGUAAAACUCACGUUCUUAACUUUCUCCUUGGCUGCUUGGAGUCCUAACAGUGUUCUCUGGCUCUGCUCCAGCAUCUCCUUAACCUCCCCUCAGGAUUCCAAACACUGGCUGUUAGUACUCCUCUGAUUGAGGUCCAGUGGUACAGCCUUAAGAACAGAAAAAUCUGUCUUGGUGUAUAUUAGUGGGCACUUGCCCAUGGAUGCUAUUGAGUCCUGGUGUUAAUAACCAGGCAUUUCACUCCCCAAGUGAUGUCCACCUUUGCAGCUGUCUGCCAUCUUAACACCUGUAGAUGAAUAUUAUAGUUACCUGCCAGUUAGUGAAAUCCUCCUCAAGUAAAAUCUCUCCUUGCCUCUUCCAUUACACCAGCUAUAAAAGGGACAUAACAGAAGACAGUGAGACUAGCAAAGUUAACUCCCGAGUAGGUAGGUUUGUAUUCUAUCUAAAUGUGUUUGGUUCCAAAAAGUAAUAGGAUUUGUGUUUUCAUAUUUAAGGUUUGCAUUAAUGCGCUCGCAAAGAUACAAACCUUAAAUAAAGUCAUUGGGACAUGGCGAUGCCCUUUGACAUGUCCUGUUGGCCAGGGGGACUGACAGGCAAAGGCUGUCAGUAAACGGAAUCUUUUGUGAAGUUGUGUUUCUUAGAGAAGUGAUCUCACCCAUGGGAUGCUCAUGUAGAGGUGGCAGAUUCUUACCUUGGGGGCAGUUAGGAAGGUACCCUGCUUUGUGUUCUUAAAGGUUGAACUCCAGAGAAUUAGGAUCUAGCCCUUUGAAAGAAGGUCCUUGUAAGAAAGCUGUAUUAGGACCAACCAACCCUGAGCCUUGAAGCAUGGCCACCUUUGUUCACCUAUGAAGCCAUGUGCCAAGCUCAGAAGCUGUCAAUAGCUAAGUGACUUGUAAUUGAGUAGAACGAGGGAGGGAGAGUGUUGGAUACUUUUAACCACUAUUUUUGUGCAAAUGUAAAAGUAAAAUAGAAGGUCCUGCCGUGUCUUCCUUUAGAGUAUGUGAUCCAUACACCUUUGAUCCUUUUGAGGAGAACAAAGCCACCAUGUCUAUCCAUAGUUUGGAAGAGAAAGUUUGCCUGUUUAGCUGUGUUGUUUAGCUGGGAAGGGUGGAUGCCAUGAUACACUACAGCAGUAGUAUUAGUAAUAGCGUGUUGGAGGUUCUCCUUCAUAUUAGUGUCCCUACGCGUCCUUUACGGUUCCCACAGAUAACUUUUAGAAGUAAAGUACUUCUGUAGAGAAGGGCCAGAUUUUCUUUGGGGUUUCUAAGGAACAUAGUGCUUCAACUUGUUUCAUGAAGUCCAUAGCCAGAAGAAUUUCAGCCCGUACUGGCAAACAGAUAGGCUAUUGCUUUUCACGGGUCUCCUGGGAGAGCUUGAAACUUGGGGCAAAAACACUGAUUUUUUCACAGAUCUUCCCAGGUCUCUCUUAGGAAAGACUCAAAAAACACAUUGCCCUCUUUGCUGUGCCUGAAACCCACCCCCAUUGUGUCGAGUCCUUGCAGAGAAACCUGUAGAUGUGGUUCAUAGGUAUAUGAGUAAGCAUCUGUGUAAAAGCAGUGAGUGUGUGCUAUGUAAAUACGUUAAAUUAUUAUGCUAGAAAAAUAAAGUUACGGACCAUGCUGCCCCAUGUCUGCUCUGUGAUUACAGUGACACCUGUUGGACGAGCUGAGGAACCUCUGCAGGAGGAGGAAGGGACUUAAUACCUAAUCAGUUUUCAUGAGUUGUACUUGCCCACUAGCCCGCUUGACUGUUACUGUAGUUCUUUUUUUUUAUAACCUUUAAGCGAUCACAAAUAAAGCAGUGCCCCACUGGUCCGAA